CUAUAGCUUUUGCUAUUCUGGUAGAUACCAGAGGCUCUAUGUCUGAUGACAUCAAAGCAGUUAUAGCUAAUUCUGUCAACAUUGUGACAAGUUUACAGGGAUCCAACAACGAGCCAGAUAACUACGUUCUGACAACAUUCAACGACCCAGUAAAGGUAGGCCUUCGAUAUGUGACGUCAGAUGGAUAUCAGAUGAUUCGACAGCUGCAGGGACUACAUGCCGAUGGAGGCGGCGAUUGUCCUGAAUAUGCUUUAUCGGGCACACUGACAGCAAUUCAGUUGUCGCUACCUGGGUCUACUGUAUAUGUAUUCACUGAUGCUGAUGCGAAGGACUUACAGCCUGGCAGAUCUUGUAAUAAAGGAAGCGAAGAAACGUGAUAUUUCCAUUAUCUUUCUGCUUACUGGUACCUGUGGCCGUAUUAUGCGAAGAGGAACCAAGAGACAUAGAAGAGGUUCUGGAUCUGAUGAUAUGUUUAAAAACAUAGCGCAAAAUACCGGGGGAUCAGUUCACGAAACAACCAAGGAAAACAUUGGUGAAGUUAUGGAAACAGUAAUGGAGAAAACAUUACCAUCUGCAGAUGUUAUAAUUGAGUUGAAAACUUUGACAAGUAGAAACAACGCUACUGUGGUUAUAGAUAGUGAUCCUAACGUUGUCAAAAUAGCAAUGGAAGGGAUAUCCAAAAACUUGAUGAAUAACGUACAACUAUGGAACACAAAUGGAACGAAGCUGUCAUUCAGUGGAGAUGUUAAGUUUAUGUAUAUGGCAACAAUGAAGUUAAACAUAAUUACCUUGAAGAACCCGACCCCUGGCAGAUACAAUCUAAGACUUGAAGACACGGAGGAUUUUGUUAUCCGCGUAAAUAUUACAGCCCAAAGUGAACUUUUCUUUUCAUCACAUGUCAUGGAAAUGGCAGAUGGAUUGUUGACUACAAUGAGUGGAAACCCGAUUCUAGGAAACGAAUAUGCCAUUAUGACAACAGUAUACAGCUUAGAUAAUGGAACUGUAGAUCGAAUUGGUGUGUUGACAGAGUCGGGGUUGCUGUAUCCUAAACUCUUGGAGUUACAUAAUGACAAUUCUACUGUUAAUUCUGUGUAUUUGUUGAAACUUAAGCUAAACACAUCUGUUUCAAUGAUAGUGAUGGAAGGAAGAGACAGCCGCGGUUUCGAAUUCAGAAGAGCUCGAAAUAUAAAUUUAGAACCUGUGAUGGUUGAACUCUCCGUUGUACACUUUACUGAGGAAAAGAGAUAUGAUGAACCAUUUAAUGUGACAUACACCAUAACAAACAAGGGCAAUUCACCAAUUCAACUUACUACCACAAUUAAUGUAACGAAUGGAAAUUUGCCGGAUGGAAGACCAUCCGUUCAUGUCAUUCUUUCUCCUUUCGAUAAUUUUACAUCAAAUUUUCUUGUGAAGGGUCAGAUGUUUUCUCCUUUUCUGAAAUACUCCAUUGCUGUGAUGACAAAUGGAGAUUCGAAAGUGUUACAAAGAAGUGAACAAACUGUAAUGAUAACCACGAAAAAGCAUCCAGAAUUCGUUCAAAUUAAUAAAUCCAGUGACUGCCCUCUCUCUGCUCUGAACACGGGCAAUUGUUCCCUUUACUUGUGGAAAACAGAAUCCAUUCUGCGGCUCUCUGGCGUUAACGUCACAAACAUUACGUUGUCGUCUGCUGCAAGUUUAUCCUACGUUUCCAAUGAUUCAACAAUCGUGAUGGCUGUUCAAGGUGAUUGCUGUGUUCCAUCUACAGAAAUUCAAGUGUUUGACAGCGAUUUUUAUUCUGUUGUAAAAUCAGUGGAUUUUUCUGGAGGAUACGCAGUGCAAUCAAUUCCAAGCAAGAUAGCUGACCAAGAAGUGAAGGAACCAAUAGCAUUACCACUGCUUAUUGGAGGUAUAGUUGGUGGUCUUGUACUUGUGUGUGUCUUGAUUGUCAUCAUUGUGAGAAGAAGUAACAAAUCAUAGAAAACAAAGCUGUAA